ACAGCCUUGUUGCCUAAAAGUUUGAAGUUGAACCAAGUCGGCUGUGUAGAACAGGUGGGUUUUAAACUCGCCCCGGUUCGGAUGCUAAUUAGUGCUUCCUGAUAGUAUCUAAAUCUAGAGCUUUAUGAAUCGGUUGCUAACGAGGCUCUCAAGUUUGAACCUUUUCCUGGAGUUUAGCUACAACUUCCAGGAAGUGAAGAGUUUUUCGUUUCAGGCGCCCUCUUAGGCCUUUUAGAAGUUGAGCCGCGUAGAUGACCUUGAGGUCUGACGAUGGCGUCCCACCCUCAGACGUGCCCUGAGUUAGGUUCAGGACACAGGAAGUCGGUGAAGGCUCAGCUGUUGGCAUCUCAGCAGCUCCUGGUGGCGUCUCUCUAUAACUUGGCGCCGCUGUUAGACUGCGUCCUGGCUGCGGGUCUGCUGUCUCAGGAUAACUACCACGAGGUGAGGGCGGAAAAGACGCCACAGAAGAGCGCCCGCAAGCUGCUGGAGAUUGUUCAGGGUCAGAUGGAUGAGAGCGGAGCCGCGCGCUUCCUAGAGUGUCUGCGGGAAUGUAAGCAGCAUUAUCCACGUCUGUGCAGCUGGCUGGCUGCUGAAACAGAGAUCCAGCGUGGACCAACAGAGCGGAAACUGCAGGCUCAGUUCUCCUGCCUGUGGAGCCGCCUGGGCUACUCCGUGCUGCCCGUGUCUCUGGCUCUGUUCUCCAGCAGCACCCUCACACAGUUCGAUCUGGAGCGGAUCCAGGCGGCACCGACCCCCAUGCAGCAGAGCCACAUCCUGCUGACCAUCUGCCUUACUAAAGGAGAGGCAGCAUGCAAGAGCUUUUAUACGGCGCUGUACAACGAAGACCCUCAGCUCGCCGAGGACAUAAACAUCAGUAGUUCGUUAAACGAUCUGUCACUGAACAGCAAAGAGAUCAGCAGCAUUGGCGUGGCAGUAGAGGAGACGCGAGACACAGCAGCAGGACACCUGCCUUACUCAGGAGUGCUACAGACGGUGAGAGCUCAGCUAGGCGUGGCUGUGGGAGAUGAGGCCAGGCUGAACGUGUGUGAGCUGGGGGUUGCAGUGGGUCUGCCACAUCGCACAGUCAAAGAGUGUCUCCUAGAGGGGGUGAGCUUAGAGGACGCGGCCCAGCUGGAGGCUCUGGUGGCUCUGUUCAUGGAAAAGACUCAGGACGCAGACCGGCUCCUCCGCAGAGUGGCUGAAGUUGAUAUUCGAAGCGUGCAGCUCUCUGAGCGAGGCUGUUUAUCCCUGAAGCUCCUGCAGGACGCUGAUGCUCUCCUCCGUGGUGGGAGCUACAGUCACUGCCACACCUGGGAUUAUCUGCACGAUCAUGGUCACGUGCACGGUGCAGACUGCGGUGAUGAUUGCAUGUUGUGGACCAUCUUCAGCUUCCUGGUGUGGGAUUGCCUGGCUGAGGCUGUGGAGGAACCCAAGCUGAAGCCAAGCAGUGGCCUUGCUGCGAUGCUUCAGCAGCUGCAUGGCUGCGCUCAAGUGGACACGGCGCUCCUGCAGGAGCUUGAGCAGUGCUGGAGUGAAGGAGGAACUGAGAACCUGCUCCAGAGCGUCAGGGUUCUGGCACAAAUUCUGAGGGACCUGCACCCGCUACAUGCCGGUAUCCAUCUGUCGAGUCCUGUGGAGGGUUUGUAUUCCUGCUGGACCCGGCUUCACAGGGUCACAUCUUUUCAGGGUGUGUCAGUCCGGGCCAUUCGGAAAGUUCUGAACAGUGUGGUGGCUGCGUCGACGCAGCAGCAGGACGCGACUCCUCGAGCUCGACAGUACAGAGAGGUGUGUGUUUAUGUUGCACGACUGUUAGAUACAGUGCAAGCGGAAAGGAGCAUUACAGAUUUCGCAAAUUCCUCCAUUGCGCAAAUCACCCAGCACAUCCGUCUUGUUCUCUCCGGACCUGCUUUUAACUCACAGGCGUUUGAUGCAGGAGUUUGGAACCGCUUGAUGUCUCUGACUGAGUUUAAUCCUGCGCAGCUGGGCCUGGGCCCUCUCAUGCAGCUGCAUCAGGAGACCCUGUCUGACCUUAAGCAAUACCUCCAGCCAGGCGAGUGCCACAGUUUCCACUUCGUCCUGGAGUCCAUUCAAAUGCUCGGAUCACCGCGGCUGAUCUCUGUGAACAGCACCAGGGGGGCAGUGGCCAUCGACGAUGGUGUGGAGGAGGACUUUUAUUUCAAAAUAUCCGAGCCGGCUUCCUUCCUGGUGCGCCUGCACUGCCUUGGCUAUGAGAAAAGCAAAGGGCGCUUUGAAGUUCACAAACCCCGUUGUGUGCGCAUUUCCCGGCUCAGCGAGGAAGGAUUACGGGCGAUGUACUACUUAGGCGGGGAGGUUUUAGCACAGGAGGAUGAUAAAAUGUGGAUUAGAGAAAGUGGGAGUGGAUGGUGGGAGGAACUGCAGUGUAUAGCACUGAGAUAUUCUGUACAGCUCCAGGAACAAGGCUGCUGUUUUACAAUCACGACAAUCAAUCAAGAGACAGAGUGUGAAGUUAAAUUCAUCUACAGACGCGGGAGGCUGUGGGCCAUGUCGCAGAGAGGAUGUGAGGUUCUUUAGAUAGGUUUGAACACAACAAUUGCACUCGGACAAAAACAACCGGGCCAAGAUCAUCUGACUGAGGUGGCCUCAGUCCACUUUCAAGUAAACAAUUCGACUCACCUGCAGGAAGUAAAUCAAACAUGCCGUGUAUUUUGGGUUGCACAUUUUUUUGUAGCUGUGAGCUGAGGCAUUACCUGAGUCAAUACACAGAGUUGCACAGGUACCAUGUGUUCUGCAUAUUUGGAGAGAUGAACAAAAAAAUUUAUGAGCAGCGUCUCUGUGUUCUCCAUGCUCAGGUGAUUUUUGUAUUUCUUUCUGCACUUGACAUAGGUUUGUUUACACUUUAACUUAACUGUAUUUCUGACCAAUGAAUGAAAGUGGUUUAGGAGGACGUUUUCAGCCCUACCUGGCCUCAGCCAAUGUUUUUUGUUUGUUUGUUUGUUUUUUGAUUUGUUGAAUUCUGUGUAGCGUGAAACCUAAAACCUAAAGUCUUUCUCACCUAUUAGUCUUUCUAUACCUCCUGUUACCACAUCAUUUCAAAGAUACCUUUGAAAGACUGCUUCACAGUACGCCAAACAAUGCAUCUGGAUAGUUAUUAUGUUUUAGGAUUGUUGACAUUAGAACACACCGAGUAGCUGGCUGAUAAGAUACAGCUAAGGACUGAAAGGAAAUGUACGUGUGUUACAGUGCUGUUACGUGUCAAAA